GAUGUGCGGUGCGAGUGGUGUGUGUGUCUAGCGAGAGCGUGAGCCAGCGAGUGAGAGCAGUGUGUGUGUGUGGAGAAAGCGAGCGCAGAGAGAGCCCCUUACACGGAGCAUGCCUCUGCGUCCUGCAGCCGGCAAACAUGAGCCACCCAACUCUCCACAGCAGGACUAGCACACACACACACACUCACACACACCCCCCUACACACACACCAACGGCAGCCAGGGGGCCAGCUCUGACAGCGGCAGCUCACAGGAAGAGGACAGCGGCAUUCCUGUUUCUGUCGGUGUUUUCUCUUUCCGUCCCGCUCGGGAGCGGAGCCCCAGUGCAGGAAGAGGCAUGGAGGAGCCACAGGGCAACACUCUGGUGAUCCGCAUUGGAAUACCAGACCUGGCACAGACGAAAUGUAUGAAGUUCGAUGCGGACGCUCCUAUCUGGUUGUCUAAGCAGCGUAUCCUGUGUACUUUGAACCACAGCCUGAAGGACGUGCUGAACUACGGCCUCUUCCAGCCAGCUUACAAUGGAAAGGCUGGUAAGUUCCUGGACGAGGAGAGGCAGCUGAAGGAAUACCCACUACCUUCUGCUACACCUGUACCAUACCUGGAGUUCCGAUAUAAGAGACGUGUCUACACACAGACGCACCUGGAUGACAAGCAGCUCUCCAAACUACACACCAAGGCGAACCUGAAGAAGUUUAUGGAGUAUGUUCAGCAGAGGAACAUUGAGAAGGUGUCCAAAUUCCUGGAGAAAGGUCUGGACCCCAACUUCCACGACCCUGAAUCGGGAGAAUGUCCUCUGACCAUGGCAUCUCAGCUGGAGGGCUGUGCAGAGCUCAUCAAGGUGCUGAAGAGUGGAGGAGCUCACCUGGACUUCAGGACCCAAGACGGCAUCACUGCCCUGCACAAGGCUGUCCGCACCAAGAACCAUACAGCUCUCAUAACGUUGCUGGACCUGGGUGCGUCUCCUGACUAUAAGGACAGCCGAGGGUUAAGUCCGCUCUAUCACAGCUCUAUGGUAGGAGGAGAUCCCUACUGCUGUGAACUACUGCUCCACGACCAUGCUCAGGUGGGCUGUGUGGACGAGAACGGCUGGCAGGAGAUACACCAGGCGUGUCGUCAUGGUCACGUUCAGCACUUGGAGCACCUGCUGUUUUACGGAGCUGACAUGGCCGCCCAGAACGCCUCUGGAAACACCGCCCUGCACGUCUGUGCCCUCUACAACCAGGAUAGCUGUACCAGAGUUCUACUGUUUCGGGGAGUGAAUAAAGAGAUCAAGAACUACAACAGCCAGACGGCCUUUCAGGUUGCCAUUAUAGCAGGAAACUUUGACCUGGCUGAAAUCAUUAAGAUCCACAAAGUGUCAGACGUUGUGCCUUUCAGGGAGACCCCCUCCUACACUAACCGUAGACGUGUGUUGGUGGGAGGACUGCCCUCGCCCCGCUCCCUGCUGCGCUCCGCUAGCGACAACAACCUCAAUGGGGAGAGCGGUCACGGUCUGGGGCAGGGCCUGCGGCAGGGUCACGGUCGACAGGGUCAGUCUCCUGUCCCCUCUCUGAGGAGCCUGCCUGCACUGGGACAACACCAACAACACGCCAGCCUGGGGGAGACUCAUCAUGGAGAGGUGCCAGACAGCAGUCUCCAGAGCACAGGCAGCUCUCGCUCCUCCCACUCCCGCUCUCCCUCGCUACACAGUCAUCUGCAUGAGGGCGAGCAGAGCGUCAGGAGGGCACACGGACACGCUCUGGGACACGUCCCUCGAGGACGCCUCAGGGUUUGCUUUGGGACCGUUGACUGUUGGCCGCUUGGACAGACAGUGGCACUUAUCUUACAACCGGUCACUGUGACAACUGUCAGGUUGUUGCUGGGUUACUGUCCCCUUGGCGACCCGACCAUGUCGGUGACCACAGGCUUCAGCUACCAGCUGCCUGGCAUCACCACGGUAACCUAUGUGUUUGUUUACAGCCCGGGCACGGUACAGCGGGACCCCAGCCCCCCACCCACACACCCCCCUGCCAUUACCGGCGCCAGCGGCCCCAAACGGAAACUCUACAGUGCCGUGCCGGGACGCACCUUCAUUGUGGUCAAACCGUACACGCCACAGGGCGAGGGAGAGAUCCAGCUGAACCGUGGAGAGAGGGUCAAAGUGUUGAGUAUAGGAGAAGGAGGCUUCUGGGAGGGCACGGUCAAGGGGAGAACAGGCUGGUUCCCUGCCGACUGUGUGGAGGAGGUUCAGAUGAGACAGUACGACCCUCGGCUAGAGACAAGAGAGGAUCGCACUAAGAGACUGUUCAGACACUACACUGUGGGAUCCUAUGACAACCUCUCCUCAUACAGUGAUUACAUCAUAGAGGAGAAGAAUGCUAUGCUGCAGAAGAAAGAAAACGAAGGAUUUGGCUUUGUCCUACGGGGAGCCAAAGGUAGGGAACACAUUCAAGAGUUUGGCUUCUUGCCAUCUGACAAACAUGUCAGAAGGGGCAGUAGUUGA